CUCGGCUCGGGGACCGCCCGUGCCGUGCUUCGUCACCUAACCGGGCGCGUCAAUGGCUACAUGUCAGUCUUUUGUCACGGGCCAUUUGGAAGGAAGAAUAAGCAUCCAUCGAGCAGCACCUGUAUGCAUGCGUGCAUGGAGCAGAGUGCUCAGCUUUGGACACCAACACUGUCAAGGCCAAAGCUCAUCACCAACACCAACGAGCUCCCUGAAGCUGUCGUCCUCGAGGAUGAGGGCGCCAUGGCCGGCUUCGUGGGCCUCCUCCGCCAGCUCGGGGACCUCGCACAGCUUGCGGUGGAGGUGUUCGACGGCCUGCACGACCAGGCCACGGCGGUGUCCGCUCGGGCGCGCGGCCUCACGCUGGGGGCGCGGCGGCUCGAGGCGGAGCUGACGCUCGUCGAGGAGCGGCUCCUCCGUCGUCGGAGUGCACGGCCCUGCUUCCUGCAGCAGCAGGACGUCGCCGUUGCCUGCAGCAAUUCAGUCUUCUCUUCAGGCAUUCAGUCAGAAGGCUUGUGUCGCUUCGCAGGCCACGGCUUGGAUCUGCGCCGCGCAAGUGCCAGGCCGGUGAACCACGGCGUGAUUGUGGUGGGAGGAACGAAGCCUCGUUCCAUCGCGGAGCACAUCCGGCGGUGCCGCGGGCCUCCGGAGUUGUCUACGCUUGACAAGUAUGACGCCGGCGGCGAGGGGGCGUGCCUGAAGCGAUACACGGACCCGUCCUUCUUCAGAGCCCAUUCUGCCAAGCAUGAGCUUUUCUUGCAGGAAACCAAACCAAAGCUUCAGAGUUCACACAAAUGCUCCAAAUUCAAAACAGACGCGUUGCUCGAUAUGCUCCGGCAACUUAAAUAUCGACACAUCAUCCGAAGAAUCAUCCAAAGAAUCAGUUUUCAUUCUUUUCACAAUCAGGAUUCGUCACAAGAUGAAGCAUCUGAAGCAGACGUUUUGUCUUCAUUGGAUUCGCCUGAAACAUCAAACACCAAAGUGCCAUGCCCUUCAGUAGGACCAGCUCGUUCGGGGCAUGGCUCUCUCCAGAUGCAGCUUCUACUCAUGCGUCUGACAUCAUACAAGAAACCAAUGCUCAUGGAUUUGCCAGCCAUGGUGCAAACAAGGCCGACGAGAAUGCCAACAUUGCGACAAAUGCUCGUAGUGCCCUUAUCGACUUCAUCGCCUCGAGGGUCGAAAGCUCGCCGAGGAAGCUCUCUGUCAGGAAGAAUAGUGAUCCUUUAACGGAAUCCUUCCGGAACAUGGCUAAGAAGGUGCUGCUUGAGAAUGAAUCAGCGCAUUCGUAACAACCAACUAGUGAAUUCUGAAGACAUGCCAGAUCCAGAUGAAGUUGCAUUUUACAUCAAAAGCGCCGAGGAGACUUGAAAAGAGGUGACCUCGGAGCAAUGUGACCAUCCUUGUGAAUAACCUUGUCCACCAGCUAGCAUCGAUGAAGAAGCAGGUGGCGAUAUCACCGAUCGCAACCCGAAAAGGGACUAAGGGCAUGUAUAAUGGUGUUAUCUUAUGAGUGCUACCUAGGAUAAAUGAUGAGGUGGAGGAGAGAGAGCUCAUAAGAAAAGGCUUGUCUUCUCUUAUGAUGAGUAGAAGACACGAGAUGAUCUCUUAGCACAAUGUCUCACCACGUUUUUACGAAAAGCUAGUUAUUGAAAGAUAAGGCUAAAAGAUGACCCAUUGUAGACAAUUUUAUUUGUCAUCUCUAAAUUGCAUGCAAGACUUAAGAUAAGACCGUCUUAUCAACCA